ACGUGACAUGGUAACCUUUUUCAUUUCUCUCCUUUAAGCCGGGUUGCAACUUUUAGUGUUUUUCAGCAGCUUCGUAGAGAGCCGAUUAUAUUUCCUCUGUUAGUCUGUCUUGCAGGGAUCUUCAACCUUGCUUGUUAGGAGUGCGCUGUUUUCAACACAGGCAGGUGUAUCCAGAGAGGUGACAAGAUGCCAGACACAGAAGUAACAAGAUUUCCGUUGGUGCCAAAAAUUGUAAAUGGAGGAAUUGCUGGAAUAAUUGGAGUUUCGUGUGUUUUUCCUCUUGAUCUUGUCAAGACACGUCUGCAGAACCAGCAAAUAGGUCCCAAUGGAGAACGUCUAUAUAGUUCAAUGUUGGAUUGUUUCAAAAAGACGUACAAAGCAGAAGGUUACUUUGGCAUGUACAGAGGAUCAGGAGUAAACAUCCUGUUAAUAACACCUGAGAAGGCAAUUAAGCUUACAGCCAAUGAUUUCUUCAGACACCAUUUAUCUCCAGGAGGAGGAAAGAAAUUGCCAUUGGGACGUGAGAUGCUGGCUGGCGGUCUAGCAGGCCUUUGCCAAAUAAUUAUUACAACACCAAUGGAGUUACUAAAAAUCCAGUUACAGGAUGCAGGAAGACUUGCAGCUCAUGCAAAAGAAGGAGGAUUAGCUGUACCAAAAAUUUCAGCUACAGCUAUCACAUUAGAACUGCUGAGAACAAAGGGCAUAAUUGGAUUGUACAAAGGUGUUGGUGCAACAAUGCUACGAGAUGUAUCUUUCUCUGUUAUUUAUUUUCCACUCUUUGCUCAUUUAAAUGCACUUGGUCCAAGGAAGAGUGAUGGUUCAGGUGAAGCAGUAUUCUGGUGUUCAUUUCUUGCUGGUUGUGCAUCGGGUUCAUUAGCAGCACUUGCUGUUAAUCCAUUUGAUGUUGUUAAAACUAGACUGCAACUGCUGAAGAAAGCUGAAGGAGAGAUGGGAUAUUCUGGAGUUCCUGAUGCGAUAAUAAAAAUACUCAAGAAUGAAGGUCCUCUUGCAUUUUUCAAAGGUGGUGCUUGCAGAAUGAUUGUCAUUGCACCACUGUUUGGAAUAGCACAAAUGGUGUAUUACCUGGGAGUUGCAGAGUACAUAAUGGGCAUCAAACGAUAAGACAAUAUUCUUAUUCCCAACUGAAAUGACAAUAAUAGAAUAACUUUUAUGUAAUAUGUGUAUUGACGACCCUGCUUUACAUGGAAACACUGCCAUUUCUAUUUACAUACAGUACUUGAUCUUACUCACCACUGCAAAUGUUUAUUUGUUUCACAAUAAAAUAACUUUCAUGUGAUUUCCAGAAUUGCUUUUGCUAAAUGUUUCAAACAGUGAAUGCUUUAAUGUUUUAAGGAAGUGUUGGAGCAGAAUAUGUUGUGUGAAUACUUGCGAGCAUAGGUAAAUGAGUCAAUAUCUCUAAGUAAAUACUUAUUAAAUAUUUUUAAAUCGCAAUCUCCAGCACUGCCUAUCGGCCUGUUCCACAAUAUUCUGUAUUUUGAUUGGUUCUAUAUGUAGGAGAAGAGAACAAUAGAAGUCAAAUGAAAAGAGCAAGUGAGAAGAGAAAGCAGGAACAAUUCAGCAAAAAGGCAGGAAUGGUUUGAAGAGUUGCUAUUUCCUUCAUACUUCCAUUAGAUAGAUUUUUGGGUAUAGCUCAAAGCCACUAUUAUGAAAGACAAUAAGUAUACACUUCAGUGUUUAAUUGUAAUGGGAAGAAAUCAAAAAAUUGUACUAAUAGACAAAGACAAAUGUUGGCAGUGUGUGUUCCAUGUAGCAGGGUGAAUCCAUUCAGUGUGUUCCUUAGUAUUGUUAUGAAAUAAUCUUAAUGUUUGUGUAAUGCAUGUAUGUAUGAUGAUGAAAAUGAUUGUCAAAAGUAAUGUGGAGGAAAAAAAAGAGGAGGUUCUAAGCCUGUAUGUCUGUACAGUUAUUUUCCUUGUCCCCUGCAAGAAACAGGUGUGUAGCAAAUGUCAGUUUCUUUGAAGUGGGAAGAACAUCCUAAUCGCUGCUUGCUCUCUGAAUGGCAUAAAAUGGCUGUGUGUAAUGUCUAACAAUUAACAUUAACCCUCCACCAGUCCCACCAUUGUACCUGGCAUAUUUUAACUGCCCAUUGUUUCCAGUCAGCUUUGUGGAAUAUUGGCAUCAGCUGUUUGUUGCACCAACACUUUUCUUGCUGCCUGCUGCUCACCACUCCUUUGUUGCAAGUUUUUUUCUGUCCAUAACCAUUUAUCUGCUGGCUGUUGUAUGGACUGCAAUGCACAACCAGUGGAGGGUUAAUAGAUGUUUUUCCAUUUAUUGUUGUUGUUGUUGUUGUUGUUGUUGUUUAUGGUAGUGAUGAUGAUGAUGGUAUGGUGUUUGAACAGUUUCGUCCAAAAAGGCAGUAUGCACUGAGUAGUAAUAACUUAGCAGUCGAUCUUCGAUGCUCAGGUAACAGAACUGCAACGGAAAUUGCUUUAUUGGUAUUACAUUUCCUGCGUGGCAUUGUCUCAAACGCAAGUUUGCAAAUUCAGAUCCAUAUGGCCCGGUGUCUUAAGAGUGCCAGGCAGCCCAUUUACACUGUGUCAUGUUAUAAUCUGAGCAUGUACAUGUACUUUGGAACAUAUGGGUCAAUCUUAUGCAAACAAAAUUAUGUCAGCUUCUUAGAGUUCACAGUUCCACUGCUCAAGACCUCUAGCAGUAGGAACAAUACUGAUAAAACUAACUGAUAAACAUUCAAAUUAACAUCAGAUGGCUAAUGCAGUGUGCUUUUAUUAUUUAUUUUUAUAGUUACUGUUAUUAUUUAUUACUACAUAAUGACACUUCAUAAUAUGAGGUUAUGAUAAGCAUCUGCUUGCUUAAUGCUAAACCCAUCUUAACCUUGUCAAUUUUGUAUAUGGAGAAUGGCUGUGUCUAUUAUAGAGUGCUUGUUAUGUUUGUGUGGUUUUGUAAAGUCUGUAAGAUAUGAACAUGUUAACCAAUAAACUGAUUUCUGUCUGUAUAACUUACAUUUAAGGAGAUUUAAUGACAGCUCUGUUUCAUAAACAGUUUUUUUUUUCAUUUAUGUACUAUGAGAUACAUUUAUCAAGUUGCGGAUCAUAUCAGGAUCCUGUGUGUAUGUAUGUUCUUUACAGUGUUAAUAAAAUAAUUUAAAUGUGGUAAUAAUAAAAAUAAUAACUGUUACAGAA